AUGGGGUGGGGUGAGCCGAUGGAAGCAGAGAGUAUAGUGACAAAAUCUUCUAGCAGAGAUGAUUUCUCCCUUGUGUUGACAUUGGACAGCAUUGCUGUCUUUCACAGUCCUUCAGCAAUAAAUCCAACCUCUUUUAGACGUCUCUGCCACCAGGACAACCAUUCUUUCAUUACAGAACAAAACAUUAGGUCCUACCUAAAGUACCGACAUUUCCCUCUUCCAGCAUAUGAUGGCUGGAAAACUCCAAUGCAUACAAUCAUAGAAUCAAGCCACCAAGGUCAAAGGCAACCAUUGGCUUUAAGUGAUCGGUCCCUACUAUCUUUGGAAGCUGGUGGCUCGGUACAUGGGUUUCUGGUGUCUCAACUUUAUGUGGGCGUGAGGCCAACACAGAACAUACUUAGUUUUACACUCGGGUUAUCAAGAUUUAUGCUCAUGUUUUACGAGCUUGGGUCGUCCUGUCUUGUCCCUAAUCCAUUUUGCACUCGACCUUUAAAUGACCCAGCUCUGGCCAAAGUCAAACCCUAA